CUCUCUCUCUCUCUCUCUCUCUCUCUUCUCUGCUGUUUCGCCGCCUCCAUUGAAGGUUCAACCUCGUCGCUUCUCUUCACUCCCACUCGCCAUCCGCUCUCCUCAUCUCCAAUCUCGAUCGAAAGCCAUGGCGGUCACCUUCUCAGAUCUCCACACGGAGUCGGGCCUCAAGUCUCUCGACGACUUCCUCUCCUGCAAAACCUACAUCUCCGGAGAUCAGCUCACGAGGGACGACGUGAAGGUGUACGCCGCGGUUGUCGAGAAGCCUGGGGAUUCGUUCCCAAAUGCGUGCAAGUGGUACGAGUGUGUGUCCUCACAUCUCGCUGCCAGCUUCCCUGGCAAAGCUGCUGGUGUUAGAAUAGGUGCCAAAGGUGCUCCAGUUGAAGAAGCUAAGGAGGCUGCUCCUGCUGGGGAUGACGAUGACUUGGAUCUCUUUGGUGAAGAGACAGAGGAAGACCAAAAGGCUGCAGAAGAGAGGGAGGCAGCCAAAAAGGCAUCUGCAAAGAAGAAAGAAAGUGGAAAGUCAUCUGUCCUCUUGGAUGUGAAACCUUGGGACGAUGAGACGGACAUGAAGAAGCUGCAAGAGGCUGUAAGGAGCGUGGAAAUGCCGGGGCUCCUUUGGGGAGCUUCGAAACUGGUUCCAGUGGGUUAUGGGAUUAAGAAGUUGCAGAUCAUGAUGACCAUUGUGGAUGACCUUGUCUCAGUGGACACCCUCAUCGAGGAGCAUCUUCAAGUUGAGCCCAUCAAUGAAUACGUUCAGAGUUGUGACAUCGUCGCCUUCAACAAAAUCUAAGAAUGGUGCUUCAGAAGUGCAGUGCAGGAAUGGCCUUUUUGUCGCGAUAAUGUAGUUUUCUUACUAGCGUUCCAUUGCUGUUCUUUAUGCUUUCUUCCGGAUAUCUACUUUCAGCAAGGUGAAAGAUGAUAGGCUUGCCCUUGAAUUGGAUGUUCUACACUUGUGUGCUGACUCCUGUUUGGACGUGUUGUCGUGGUAUAAUCUUAAUUCUUCCCACCUA